UUUCCGCUGCGGCCGCUUCCGGAAGCUCUGCUCAAAAUGCUGAAGUGCCGUCGGCUGGUCGCUGGUGAGCUGCCACUCGGGGUCUGUUCUCGGGCCUGAGCCUCGAGCCCAGGCUCCUGGGUGUCGUUAAUGUUCGGGGCCGCCGGGCGCCAACCGAUCGGAGCUCCAGGCGCCGGGAACAGCUGGCAUUUCAGUCGAACAAUGGAAGAAUUGGUCCAUGAUCUCGUCUCAGCAUUGGAGGAGAGCUCAGAGCAAGCCCGAGGUGGAUUUGCUGAAACUGGAGACCAUUCUCGAAGUUUAUCUUGCCCUCUGAAACGCCAGGCAAGGAAAAGGAGGGGGCGAAAACGAAGGUCCUUUAAUGUUCAUCACCCAUGGGAGACAGGUCACUGCUUAAGUGAAGGCUCUGAUUCCAGUUUAGAAGAACCAAGCAAAGAAUAUAGAGAGAAUCAUAACAAUAAUAAAAAAGAUCAUAGUGACUCUGAUGACCAGAUGUUAGUGGCAAAACGCAGGCCAUCGUCAAACCUAAAUAAUAAUGUCCGAGGAAAAAGACCUCUGUGGUAUGAGUCUGAUUUUGCUGUGGACAACCUGGGGAACAGGACGCUGCGCAGGAGGAGAAAGGUCAAACGUAUGGCGGUAGACAUCCCCCAGGAUGUCGCUACUAAGCGGACUAUGACCCAGCCCCUUGAAGGCUGCAGAGAUCAGGACAUGGACAGUGAUAGAGCUUGUCAGUACCAAGAGUUUACCAAAAACAAAGUCAAAAAAAGGAAGUUGAAAGUAAUUAGACAAGGACCAAAAAUCCAAGAUGAAGGCAUCGUUUUAGAAAGUGAAGAAAUCAGCCAGACCAAUAAGGACAAAAUGGAAUAUGAAGAGCAGAAAGUCUCAGAUGAACUCAUGAGUGAAAGUGAUUCCAGCAGUCUCAGCAGCACUGAUGCUGGUUUGUUUACCAAUGAUGAGGGAAGACAAGGCGAUGAUGAGCAGAGUGACUGGUUCUAUGAAAAGGAAUCAGGUGGAGCUUGUGGCAUCACAGGAGUCAUACCCUGGUGGGAGAAAGAAGAUCCUACUGACCUAGACAAAAAUUUGCCGGAUCCAGUCUUUGACAGUAUCCUAACUGGUUCUUUCCCCCUUAUGUCGCAUCCGGGUAGAAGAGGUUUCCAAGCCAGACUCAGUCGCCUUCAUGGAAUGCCUUCCAAGAAUAUUAAAAAAUCAGGAGGGACCCCCACUUCAAUGGCUACAAACUGGACCAGUGAGAUUCCCCUAUAAACCAAAUCUGCUAAUGCUAAUAAAUUAGUUACGUUUUGAACAUCUGGGGAAUGACAUUCGAGGGAACCUGGCUCCUGUCCUCUUCCCCUGGAGGAAUAUCAUUGAAGUGAGAGCCUCUUUGAUGAAAAGAUGGGGCUGUUUAUGCUGGAGGACUGGGAUUCUUCCUUUAGUCAGAGGUGAACUGGUUGGGAGGGCUUUUAGGGAUUUAGGUGGGCCCAGGGUGGAUAGAAAUUACUGUAAAUUUUAUAUAUUUUUCUCUUUUAUGAUUUUUUUCACUUUGAAUCAAUUUAUGUAUCACUUGCUUUGUUGCCAAAAUGCUAACAAAAGCUAGCAAAUGCAAAAUUUGCAAAUCUUACAUAAGUAUUUCUCAAUGUUUAUAUUGUGACUGGUUAAAAAUUCAAUUUUACAUAUCUGCUUGUUGUAAAUAAAAAAAAUGAUACAUUUACAUUUAUGGUUCAUUUUUAGAGAAGUCAUAACCAGCAUUAUUUAAAAUAUUUGCAUUUUACUCAGGGUAUGUUAACAAGGGCUAAGAUGAAUAGUAGGUGAGCUUGCUAAUUUUUGCUAGUUUGUACUUUGUUCAUUUGCUUUCUGCUUAGAUAACCUGCUCUGUAUUGCAUAUCCACUGUAUUUAUAGUUUGGUGUUCAUUGUACUACAGAAAUUUGUCGCGUUUAUAGACUAGCCGCAGUGAUAACUGCUCUGUGCUAGUAGAAUUCCUCCACUAUUAGCUUUCAAGUUUUUGGUUUUGUCUGCUACUUGAAACCAUGCAAAAUUAUCAUUUUGUCUUCGAGCUUAUGGAAAUAAUGUGAAAGCUGGUAUUUCAACAAAUACUGUAUGACUGAAUCAUACUGUCAUGUUUAAGAGUGAGAGCCGCUUGCACACCUUUAGAUUGACAGACCAUGUGUGUCACUGUGUCAGACAUCCUGGCAGGAGCUCGUUUUCCCCAAGCUAAGGAUAUCACACACCAUUGCUAUUGAUGGCAUAAUUUAGACACUAUGCCAGUUCAGGUCAUUUUUCAAUACGGUCUUACUGAAAUGAUUAAUAUUUUUAUUAAAUCCUAAUAACUGAUGAAAACUGUGAUUGAAUACAUGUAUUUUUCAUAUUAUUGUAUGGAUUGAUUGUUAAUUUAGCACUUAAUGGCUAAUUUAAAUAUGAUUGGAAAAGAAACUUAAAGUUGACCUUUACCUAAAAUUAUUAUAAUCUGAAAGAUUUUAGCCAAUGUAUUAAGGAACCACAUCUGACAUCAGUUUAGAUUGUUCUAAAUUGAGAGACAUACAAUCAUAAAGUGCAACUUUGAGUAUCUUUACCUUUGCAUAAAGUAAUAUGUUAGAGGUCACUAAUGUGGUGUUUGGUAAUUGUAAGUAAGCUUUACUGUGUUAUGUCUUUUGGAGUGAAAAAUUCAUGAUUUUUUUUUUUCUGAAUUACAUAAAUGCUUUUAUUUUAUUUUGUAUAAUGACUGUCUUUUAGAUCUGAAUAAGUCACUUUAAAACCUUGGCCUGUGAACUUUGCCUUACCAAUCACGAAUCUAGAUGAAUGCUAUCUAGUUCUUGGUUCAGUUUUACCUAUUUUUAUUUUUGGUUCACUGCUUGCUUGAGCAUAGCUGGGAUUUGUAGCCCAUUUUCUAGGCUUAUUGCAAUUGCACUGUGGUAUUUUAUAGAAGCUAUUACAACUGAUAGGCUAGCUUCAUGGUAUUGAUGAUACAUGGCUUAACCAUAGUAAAGCUGCCUUUCCUCUCUCAAUUGUAAAAAGGUGAUUAAGUUUCACAUGAUGGAGAUAUACUAUAUAUGUGUAUUUAUCAUGGAACUAGUGCACUAGGCCAUAAACUGUUUUUUCUGGUCUACACAUUUUUGUAUUGAGAAUUUUAUUGAAGACGAUGGGCGUCAGGUUUUCUUUCCAUUCCAAAUUGUCCUUGUUUGGAUUUUUAAGUACUGUAUUCUUUUUUUUUUUUUUUCAAUAAAAAAUAUCUGACUUGGACAAGCAAGGUAA